AUGGGCGAAGUUCCCAGCCACCGUCGUUGGGUUUAUGACCGUUGUUACAGUUGUAGGAGAGGCUUGAAGGAAUCUUUUGUGAUAGGAGUUGAAGAGUUUAUCCAGACGGCUCGUCAAUAUAAAUAUUAUGCUCUUGAGGGAGGGAUUCGAUGUCCAUGCAUCAAAUGCGAAUGUACUCGUAUUUUGAAAGACGAAGAAGUUAAAGUUCAUCUAUACAAAAAAGGAUUCAUGCCAGAUUACUGGAUUUGGACAUUUCACGGUGAAGAGGUGCCAUCUGUUUAUUUGGGUGAACAUGAAAGAUGUCUUCCUAGUUCAAGCACGGUUGUACCUACCUUUGAGAUGAAUCAAGCAAUGUAUAUGCAAGAGAUGUUGAAUAAUGCUCUUGGCCAACAUGCUUCAUUUGAACAAGUUAACGAUAAUUGUUUAGAGGAAUCUCCAAAUGAACUCACUCAAAGGUUUUACAAUUUAUUGGCAGAGGCAAAUGAACCUGUCUUUGAAGGGGUAAGGGAGUCAAAGUUGUCUGUAUGCAUUAGACUUCUGGCCUUCAAAUCGAACUGGAACAUUCCCAACCAAGCAUUGGACCAAAUGGAAAAACUAAUUUUAGAUCUAACACCACCAAAUAAUCCUUUGUCGAACAAUUAUUAUGAAGCAAAGAAAUUAGUUUCAAAGUUGGGAUUGGAAUCUAAGAAGAUUGAUUGUUGUAUGAAUGGCUGUAUGUUUUUUUACGACAAUGAUAAUGGAAAAAAUGAUGCAUCCUUGCUACAAUGCAAAUAUUGUGGGCAACCACGAUACCGCACAAAACAUCCAGAACAGAGGCAAAAAAAACCAAUACCAUUGAAGUCCAUGUUUUACUUGCCUAUAAUUCCAAGACUGCAAAGAAUGUUUGCUUCAAUGCAAACAGCACAACAUAUGACAUGGCAUUAUGAGAACAAAAUAGAAGGCAUGCUACGACAUCCAUCUGAUGGGGAAGCUUGUAAGCACUUUGAUCGAAAGCAUCCAUCUUUCGCCAAUGAUCCCCGUAAUGUGCGACUUGGUCUAUGUACGGAUGGCUUUAAUCCAUACAUUCAAGCAUCAUCAUCCCCUUAUUCUUGUUGGCCAGUGAUUGUUACUCCAUAUAAUCUUCCACCUGAGAUGUGUAUGACUAAGCCUUAUAUGUUUUUAACGUGUCUUAUACCAGGUCCAUCUAAUCCAAAGGCAUCUAUAGAUGUUUAUCUAGAGCCCUUGAUUGAUGAUUUGAAUAAGUUGUGGAAUGGUAUUUGGACGUAUGAUGUUUCAAGGAAACAAAAUUUUCUUAUGCGGGCAGCUUUGAUGUGGACUAUUAAUGAUUUCCCUGCAUAUGGGAUGCUAUCCGGUUGGAGCACACACGGUAGAUUAUCUUGUCCGCAUUGUAUGGAGCACACUAAGUCAUUCACAUUAACUUAUGGUCGGAAAAGUUGUUGGUUUGAUUGUCAUCGUCGAUUCUUGCCCAUAGAACAUCCGUUUAGGAGGAACAAUAAGGCAUUUCGGAAAGGGGAAGUUGAAAAGGAUGGGCCACCUCCGAUUUUGACCCCAUCACAAGUAUGUCGAAGAGUCAAAGAUUUUCCAAAAGUAACUGAAAGUGGUGUGACAAGGAUGGAUGGGUAUGGAGAAUGGCAUAAUUGGAAUAAAAGAAGCAUCUUUUGGGAUCUUUCAUAUUGGAAAGAUAACUUGCUAAGACAUAAUCUUGAUGUGAUGCACAUUGAAAAAUUUUUUUUUGACAACAUCUUCAACACGGUGAUGAAUGUAAGUGGCAAGACAAAAGAUAAUGACAAGGCAAGAAGAGAUAUAGCUUUGUAUUGUCGGCGGAGAGACUUGGAGUUGCAGUCACAGACUAAUGGGAAGUUGCUGAAGCCAAAAGCAAAUUACACCUUAACAAAAGAUGAAGCUAAAAUAGUUUGUCGUUGGAUCAAAGAGCUUAGAAUGCCAGAUGGUUAUUCUUCUAACUUGGCAAGAUGUGCAGAUACUGAAAAAGGUAGUAUUCAUGGUAUGAAAAGUCAUGAUUGUCAUGUCUUCAUGGAGACAUUACUUCCUAUUGCGUUUAGCUCAUUACCAAUGCAUGUGUUAAAUCCUCUAAUAGAAAUUAGUCACUUCUUUAAAGAUUUGUGCUCAACGAUAUUAAUGGGGGACUCAAUAAGAAGAUUGGAGGAAAAUAUUCCACUUAUUCUUUGUAAAUUAGAAAGAAUAUUUCCUCCAGGAUUCUUCGAUUCAAUGGAGCAUCUACCUAUUCAUCUUCCAUACGAAGCAUGGCUUGGCGGACCAGUGCAAUAUAGGUGGAUGUAUCCGUUUGAAAGAUUUAUGGGGGAAUCAAAACGUUCUGUAAAAAACAAAGCCAGAGUAGAAGGAUCAAUUUGUGCAGCUUACUUGCAUCGUGAGACCACUUCCUUCCUUAUGGCUGAGAAAAUACCUCAAGCAAAUGCUUCUGCCAACAUACAUUCAAAGUUUCCUUACUGGUUCAGAAAUCAAGUUUAUAAUGACCCAUUAAGUCUUAGGAAUCAAGAGCUAAGGGAUUUGGCAAAUUGGCCCAUGAGAUGCGUCAAAGAAUGGCACACAUACUUUGUCAAUGGGUACAAGUUCCACACCAAAGCGUGGUCGAACGGAAAGAAAACAAUUAAUUGUGGUGUGUACGUCAAGGGCCUCACUGAGGGUGGUUAUGAUGAUUUUUAUGGGACCAUUCUUAAAUAUAUGAGUUAG